UUGUUGCUGCUUUUUUGUGGAAAACCACUUGAAUUGGCAAAACUGCAUGAAAUUGUUUUGUACUGUCUUUUUUGUACUGUUUUGUACUGUAUUUGUUGGUGAUGAUGUCACAUGACUCGUCUUGGCCCAAAUCUGCACAAAAUCUGCGGUAAUUUUGCAAAAAUUGCAAGGCACUUCGAAUAUUGUGGGGAUUUGCUUGAUUUUGCGUUCAUUUCUGCGAUCACAAAAUUGCUAAAUCCUGGAGGGACUGGAGAGACUCUAUGAAAACUAUGAUUGACUAUAGAUUAGCAUUUGACUCCAUGUUCAUUUUGGAACUUCCUAGCAAACUUAACUAAAUCAAGUCCAACCUACUCACCAAAAUAUCUGUUUUUUUUUUCAGAAAUACAGUACAAUAUAGGCGUAAAUUGUGCUAAGUUUCUCAUUUCACGGUGUAUUUUUUUUGCUUUGAAACCAUUUAAAUGGUCUCUUCUGUCUAGAUUACAUGGUUGUGUCCAGUCAAUUAGAUUUUUUCCUUAUGUCAGUUUGAGCAUGAGAAUCAUACUGAAAAGCUUAAUUCAUUCAGUCGUCUACAAACACUACAAACAUGUAUGCAUGCUAGAAUUUUAGUAUGCAUGUUUGUUUUUUAAGUAUGCAUACUGUCGAUCCAAAUUUUGUCAAUGAGAGUAAAUCGCUGUUAAGCCUGCCCACGUGAGAUUUGUGCCAGAAUGGCAAACAUAAACUUGCAGAGUGUAAAGGAAAACUUUGAAAGGUGUAAACAAAAAUUCUGGCAGCGCAUUCAUAAACCAUGAUUAACGAAAAAGAAGCUAAGAAAACUGUUUACAAAGAACAGUUGGUUCUGGGUGUUAACGGUUGUAUAUAACGCAGUAUUUAAAAAAAAAAAAAAAAAAAAACCACAAGUAAUAUAGAUCAAAUUAUACCGCUUCUCAUUCUAAACAAUUUUGCCUCAAGAAUCAUUUGGGUCCUUCAAACCGUUCAGUAAAUAUUUCAGAAAAUGUUAAAAACCUGUAUUUGCGAACUAGUCAUAGUUAUGUUUGGUCAAUAUCAGUGAAACAAGUGCUACACGAUUCCCUGGAGUCUAUUUAUAAAUAAUUAUCUAAGAAAGUUGAACCUUCAGUUUUGACUGUUGAUGGCAUGCCAAACGUAAAAGUAGUGGACUUGGCCACAUUAGUUAUAUAGUAAUAACUGGAGAUAUUUUCACCAGAUUUGGUAUGCUUGUGCCAGGCCUCAGUCUGAAGUCAACUGACAAAAAUUUCAGAGUUUGGCCACUUGGUGGCGCUAUAAUAGUAAAUAAAUAAAUAAAUAAAUAAACAAACAAACAUGAAAAUUUCUGUAUAAAUGGUGUGAAAAUUGAUUGUCUACUAUCCGAUGUUUCAGACAUACACAUGUUCUUUGUAUAAUAUGUUAGAUCUCCUCAUUUUAAACGACUUUUCUUUUGUAACUGAUAGACGGCGAUAUGCACAAGUAUGCAAAACGCCAAGGAGUAGAAGAACAGGAAAAUGCGGUUUCUGUGAAAUCCUUUAAAAGAAGAGUGUGCUCCUGAUGGUGAAAUCGCAAAUCUUACACAGAGCUGUCACCGAAGGGUAAAAAUGAAAUGAGGUUGAUUUCUUCUACCAACGCAGCAGUUAUAUUGCCUCAUAGCAUCAUACUGAAUGCAGGAAGGGUUAGAGGCCAUGUUCACAUAUCCAGACAAAAAACAAAAGAAGACAAGAAAUUGAAGGACAACCAAGUGCUAGGAGCAACUAACAGUGAUUUAAAAAAUGAGUACAUUUGUAACAAAAAAUAUAACCAGGAUUUUGAGUUACAUGAAGGGCUAUCCACAGGAGAGAUCAUUACACCAUGUCAUCAAGAACAUAGAAAAUGUUUAUUACUUCAACAAGAGUACACGGGAGUCACAUGACCAUAUGAUGCAGGAGCCUCUCAGCACUAAUGAUCCAGAGGUAUUUAACAUCAUUCAGAAGGAGAAGAGGAGACAGAUAUAUAGUUUAUCACUUAUUGCGUCUGAGAACUUUACCAGUCAUGCUGUUUCAGAGGCCCUGAGCUCAUGUGUAAGCAACGCAUUUUUUCAACAAAGCCUUCGAUACUCUGGCGAUGAAGACAGUGUGGAUGACCUGGAGCGUCUCUGUCAGCAGAGAGCACUGAAGGUUUAUGGCCUUGAUCCAGAAAAAUGGGGUGUAAAUGUGCAGCCUUAUUCUGGGGCAUUUGCCAACUUUGCUGUGUACACAUCAGUAGUGGAGCCUCAAGGGAGGAUCAUGGGUCUUGAUCCCUGUGAUGGCGGCCACCGUAGCCAUGGAUUUAAAAUAGACAAAGAGAAAUUCUCUGCCACCUCCCUUUUCUUUGAAUCAAUGUCAUACAAGGUCAACCAAGAGACUGGUUACAUUGAUUACGACCAACUAGAGGAAAAUGCUCGUUUAUUCAAGCCAAAACUAAUCGUUGCAGGAACCAGCUCCUACUCACGUAACCUGGAUUAUGGUCGUCUUCGGAAGAUAGCAGAUGAGAAUGGGGCGUACUUGCUGGCCGACAUGGCACACAUUAGUGGACUUAUUGCAGCUGGAGUGAUUCCAUCCCCCUUUGAUUACUGCGAUAUUGUUACGACCUCCACCUACAAGACCCUGAGAGGCUGCAGAUCUGGGGCCAUAUUUUACAGGAAAGGUGUGCGCAGUGUGGAUGCAAAAACAGGAAAAGAAACUCUUUACAACCUGGAGAGUUUGAUCUGUGAAGCUGUGUUUCCCAGGCUGCAGGGAGGACGUCACAGCCAUUCCAUUGCAGCAUUGAAGCAGGCACUGACUCCAGAAUUCAAGGCCUACCAAGUACAAGUGCUGGCAAAUUGCAGAACUUUAGCAUCUUCUUUAAUAGAAAAGGGCUACAAAAUUGUCACUGGUGGUACAGAUACUCACCUUAUUUUGCUUGACCUUCGCCCCAAUGGAAUUGAUGGAGUAAGGGCGGAGAAGGUGCUACAGGAUUGCAGCAUUAGCUGUAACAGGAACCCUUGCCCAGGUGAUAGUAUAUUCCACCCCCUUGGCCUCCGUUUAGGCACGCCUGCUCUCACAUCACGAGGGUUAGUGGAGGAAGAUUUCUGCCAAGUGGCAGAAUUAGUUCACAGAGGCAUUCAGUUGGCUGUGGAGAUCCAGACAAACAUGAACCCCAAAUCCACUUUGAAGGAGUUCAAGGAAACAUUGGCUCAGGAUGAGAAAUAUCAAAAGAAAAUAACAGAAAUCCGAGAUGAGGUUGAGGCUUUUGUGGGAAAAUUCCCCAUGCCUGGACUGCCUGAGCUAUGAGUCUAAUCCUCAUUCUCUGUUCCUGUAUCCAAGUAUUUUACCAUAGGUAGUUUUUGGUGAGACCAAUGUCAUUAAAAACAAGUAAUCAAAACAAGAUAUCAUCAAAAUGUCAUCAAAAACAACAGCUUGUCACCCAAAGAACACUAUAACCAAGAAGAAGCAUGGUGGUGGCAGCAUGGUGGUGCUGCUGCUUAUCUUUAACUGGGACUGUAGAUCUAGUCAAGACAGAGGGAAUGAUGGAUAGCUCCAAAAUACCAAUCUUGCAGGCCUGUUAGACAGCUGAAGAUGAAGAAAACUUUCACCUUCCCGCACGAUAACAACCCAAAAGACAAAUCUACGUCAACAAGUGUUUUGAAAUGGCCCAGUCAGAGCCCUGAUCUAAAUCCUAUCAAAAACCUGUGGGAUUACUUGAACAGGGCUGUGCAAAGGAGAUCCCUUCAGUAUUUGAUAGAUCUGGAGCACUUUUGCAAAAAAAAAAAAAGGUGGAAUAGAAAUGUUUAAUCAAGAUGUGCUAAGUUGGUAGAUGCUGACCCAAAAACACAGUGCUGUAUUACAAGCAAAAGGUGCUUUUACAAAGUAUUUUGGGGUAUAUACACUUGUGCAACCAGGUUACUGUAAUUUUUUUUUCCUUUUUCUUGUCACUUUAAUUUAUGUGUUGCUAUAUUAAAUGAAAGAUCUGACACAAUU